AGAGAGAGAGAGAGAGAGAGAGAGAGUUCUGAGGCCACAUCCACUGGAUAAAGAGGAUAAUAGUUCAGAAAAUCUGUUUCCACAAAAAAUUAGACUUUUGUAAAGUUUCAUGCCAUUCACAUCAACCUCCUCAUCUCGCACUCUCUCCAUAUAUUGUUAUUGUAAUUCACCUUUGCAUUGUGAUCCAGAAGAAACCUCUCUCUCUCUCCCUUUCUCCCUCUCGCUCUCUCGCAAAGAUGCAGCCAAGUGCGGAAGCUAAUCAACGCAUUGCAAGAAUCUCAGCUCAUCUCCAUCCUUCAAAUGUCCAGAUGGAGGAAAGUUCCAUUUUAGGAAGAACCAAUUGUAGAGCAAAAGGAGGGGCACCUGGAUUCAAAGUUGCCAUAUUGGGUGCUGCUGGAGGUAUUGGCCAGCCUCUUGCAAUGUUGAUGAAGAUGAAUCCACUGGUUUCUGUUCUUCAUCUCUAUGAUGUUGUUAAUGCACCUGGUGUGACAGCUGAUAUUAGUCACAUGGACACUGGUGCUGUGGUACGAGGUUUUCUAGGGCAGCCUCAGCUUGAAAGUGCUCUGGCAGGAAUGGACCUUGUAAUCAUACCGGCUGGUGUUCCAAGGAAGCCAGGAAUGACAAGGGAUGACCUUUUCAACAUCAAUGCUGGAAUUGUCAAGACACUGUGUGAAGGAAUCGCAAAAUGCUGCCCUAAUGCGAUUGUGAACCUUAUUAGCAAUCCGGUGAACUCUACAGUCCCAAUUGCAGCUGAAGUUUUCAAGAAAGCUGGCACUUAUGAUCCAAAGAGGCUUUUGGGAGUCACAAUGCUUGACGUUGUUAGAGCUAAUACUUUUGUGGCAGAAGUUCUGGGGCUUGAUCCUAGGGAAGUUGAUGUUCCGGUUGUUGGAGGUCAUUCAGGAGUGACAAUUUUGCCUCUGCUCUCACAGGUUAAGCCUCCUUGCAGCUUCACACCAGAAGAAACGGAAUACCUUACAAAACGCAUUCAAGAUGGUGGAACAGAAGUAGUUCAGGCAAAAGCUGGGGCUGGCUCUGCAACACUAUCAAUGGCGUAUGCAGCAGUUAAAUUUGCGGAUACGUGCCUCCGUGGCUUGAGAGGAGAUGCUGGCAUUGUGGAAUGUGCUUUCGUAGCUUCUCAGGUCACAGAACUCCCUUUCUUUGCAUCCAAGGUAAGACUUGGCCGUACUGGAGCUGAAGAAGUCUACCAACUUGGCCCCCUGAAUGAGUAUGAGAGGGUUGGAUUGGAGAAAGCAAAGAACGAGUUAGCAGGAAGCAUUCAGAAGGGAAUUUCCUUUAUCAAGAAAUAGAAAAGAUGAGCUCUAUGACUACUAAUCUUAUUAAGGUCUUUCUAUAUUUUGUUCUCCUGAUUAAUCUUCCUCAAAAUAUUGCUCUCCUGUAAUGCCUAAAAAAGAUAUACUACCUUGAAUUUAUGUUAACAUUGGUUGAUACAAAAUCAUACAAUAAUUAAGUGCUCUUCAUAUGUUCCAUGGAAACUAAACAAGGUCACUUUCUGCAAGACAUAGAAGCAUCAACUCUCUCAGCAAAAUUGAAAUGGUAACAUCUGUUGAAACUUUUAAACGAGUCCCUCCUAAGGUUUAUAGUCUCGAUUUUCUGAAUGACCCUUGUCAGAAUUUUGUGAAAUCAAUAUCUAAUUUAUACAAUUGUAUUUGAGACAGCCAAAAGGAUAAAGACAGAAAACAUG